GAAUUCCAAGCAAAAUAACACAAAGUCCACAUUCUACCCUUUCGCCAUGGCGCCCACGGCGAUCAACAGAAAGCGAAAGGCCGUCACUAGAGACGUGCCUGCAAUUGAAGAUUCAGCAUCCGAUGACGAAUUUCAAAUUGGCCUGCUGAACGGUGCCUUGUCGCAGAGCGACGACGAGGAAGUCUCCGAGAAUGAAUCCGACUCUGUCGAGAACAGCGAAUUCGACGAGGAGGAAGAAGAGGAUGAAGGAGAGGAAGAUGAUGAUGAACUAGACAGCGACGAGAUACCGUCGGACUCAGAGGGAGAAGAGGAGGACGAUGUUCGGCAACAAAUCGAGGCGCUGAAAGACGCAAGAGACAAAACAGCAGAGGGUCGCAAAUCCGGAGAUCUUGGUGGCCUUGUAAAGUCUAAGAAGCCUCAGGAUGCGUCCAAUGAGAAUGAGAAAGCCGAAGAAGCCGAAGAAGCGGCGGGUCAGCAGUCAGAAGACGAAGACCGGCCGAACUAUACUGUCACCGAGGAUGCCAACGGCAACCCGAGAUACAUCUACAAGGAGAUUGAGCCUGUUUACGACUCUGACGAUUCUGAUGCCCAAGAGACGACAAACACGAUCGGAAACAUUCCUCUUUCUUUCUACGACUCUUACCCGCACAUCGGUUAUACCAUUGAUGGCAAGAAAAUCAUGCGGCCAGCCAAGGGCGAGGCUCUCGACGCUCUCCUGGAGAGCAUUGAGGUUCCCAAGGGCUUCACCGGCAUGACAGACCCAACGACUGGAAAGCCCCUUGAGCUGAGCCAAGAAGAGCUUGAAAUUUUGAAGAAAUUGCAUUUGAACGAGGUCCCUGAAGGCUACGACCCGUAUCCUCCCAUGGUUGAGUACUUCUCAAGCAAAACCGAGGUUAUGCCUCUGAGCGCUGCUCCUGAGCCGAAACGCAGAUUCGUUCCAUCCAAGCAUGAAGCCAAGCGGGUCAUGAAGAUUGUCCGCGCCAUCCGCGAGGGCCGUAUCCUUCCCUACAAGCCUCCUAGCGAAGAGGAAGAGGAAGACCCCUCCGUCAUCCGCUACGACCUGUGGGCGGACGAGACCGAGCGUCCAGACCACCCCAUGAACAUUCCCGCCCCGAAACUUCCUCCACCAGGCUACGAAGAAUCGUACCACCCACCCGCAGAAUAUCUUCCCGAACAAGCCGAGCGGAAAGCCUGGCAAGAAGCCGAACCAGAGGACCGCGAGAAGGAAUUCCUCCCCACAAACUACGAGGCUCUCCGCAAAGUUCCUGGCUACGAGAGCUUUGUCAAGGAGCGCUUCGAGCGAUGCUUGGACUUAUACCUCGCACCCCGCGUGCGACGCAACAAGCUCAAUAUCGACCCCGAGUCUCUCCUUCCCAAACUCCCUAGCCCCGAUGAGCUCCGCCCCUUUCCCACCACCUGCGCCACCUUGUUCAGGGGCCACCAAGGCCGUGUGCGCUCCCUCGCCGUCGACCCGUCCGGCAAAUGGCUCGCCACCGGCGGCGACGACGGAACCGUGCGCGUCUGGGAGCUUCUUACCGGCCGCCAAGUAUGGAGCAUCAAGAUCACGUCCGACGACGACGCCAACACGGCCUCCGAACCCGUCAACGUCGUGCGCUGGCGUCCCGGCACCGACGCACUCAUCCUCGCCGCUGCCGCUGGCGAGUCCAUCUUCCUCGGCAUUCCCCUCCCCAUCGUCGACCCGGAAACCGAAGCCGCCAGUCGCGCCAUCCUCGACGCAGGCUGGGGCUACGCGGCUUCUUCGCAGCACCAGCCCCAACUCACCACCGCCAGCGGCGCCAAGAAAGAUCCCCCCGCCAAAUGGGCCCGUCCGUCCUCGCUCCUCCAGGACGCCGGCAUGCUCGUCAAAGCCACCGUGCGCGCCACGGUCAAAGUCAUCACCUGGCACCGUCGCGGCGAGUACUUUGCGACCGUCUCCCCCCGCGGCCAAACCAGCGCUAUCGCCAUCCACACACUCUCCAAGCACCUCUCGCAGCUGCCCUUCCGCCGGCUCAAGGGCCUUGCGCAGACCGCGCAGUUCCACCCCUCCAAACCCAUCUUCUUCGUCGCCACACAGCGCACCAUUCGCGCCUACGACCUCUCCCGCCAGGAACUCGUCAAGAUCCUGCAGCCUGGCGCCCGCUGGAUCUCAAGUAUCGAUGUCCAUCCCGGCGGCGACAACCUUAUUGUCGGCUCCUACGACAAACGUCUCCUCUGGCACGACCUCGACCUCUCCACGAAGCCCUACAAGACUCUUCGCUACCACAAAAAGGCCAUCCGCGCCGUCAAGUUCCACCAUGGCGGCCUUCCUCUCUUCGCUGACGCCAGUGACGAUGGCUCUCUUCAGAUUUUCCACGGCAAUGUUGUCUCGGAUCUGAUGGAAAAUGCAACCAUUGUUCCCCUCAAGGUCCUCAAGGGCCAUCGCGUCACUGCCGAAUUAGGUGUCUUGGAUCUCGACUGGCAUCCAAGAGAACCCUGGAUCGUCAGCGCCGGUGCUGAUGGCACGUGUCGUCUGUGGAUGUAGAUUUGCCUUUCAAGUAUUUGUAUUUGAUUGUACUACUCCGAGUUGCCAAGUAUCGUAUUUUGCAUUACAUUGAGCUAUAUCUCUUUGCGGUCUUGUAAUCGUACAAAAGAUGUGUUGCUCAGCAUUGCGUCUUUUUUUUUUACUUUUCUAUUUUUCUAUUUUUUCUAUUCUUGUUUUUAUAUAUAUUUUUGAGUUUUCGAUAUUCAAAAGCUUCUCCUUCCCUUUCUCCUAUGGCUUGUUGGUGUUGUUGUGCUUUGGUAAUCCAGGGUCGCUUUAUUCUUUUCUGUUAUCUAGAGAAUUACCCUAUUGCAGGGAUAAAUCAGGUACUAGAUUACACUUCCAGCGUACUUUGCAUCAGGGGUGGAUUUGUCUCUGGUGAGUUGUGUUUUUUUUUUUUUUUUUUUUUU